AUGGCUCAGAAGGGUCUCUGUUGGAAAGAAGACGAAAUGGGCGAGCUUGUCCAUACAGGGACAAGCUCGCCCGAUAUCUCUGUCAUCAGAUCCCUCGCAAUGAAGCAUCUGCCCGGAAGCUAUGAUACUAUGGAUGUUGCAUUUUUCGCGGAAGGUUCCUUCAAUAAGUUAUACUGCGUCUCUUCGCCACACCUUCCACAGGACUACCUCAUACGUGUCGCAUUGCCGGUGGACCCCUUUUUUAAUAGGGAGAGCGAGGUCGCUACGCUUGCAUACAUCCGCAAAUACACAUCGAUCCCUGUGCCCAAGGUACUAGCAUUUUGUUCAUCAUCAGAGAGCGAGCUUGGGUUUGAAUGGAUUCUGAUGGAGAAGAUUGGGGGUGUUCCCUUGUCAGAUAUUUGGGACGAGAUGCCAGUUGAGGCAAAGGAAAGCUUGCCUACAGAGAUCUGUGGAUACCUCAAAAGUCACCAGGAUCUUCAAUUUAUAAAAAUUGGGAGUCUUUAUUUUUCUUUAGUUAGGGAACGAGUCGGCACUAGAGACUUCGGUGAGACAAGCGCCUAUCCCUCUCUGCCGAUCGUGGUCCUUUCCCAUCUUCACAUCAAUUCAUGA